AGGAGAACAGGUAGUUGGCCGUGUUUUCCGCUGGCGCGCUUCGCCCCGCCCACCAGCAGCUCGCAGCCCUCCCGUGUAACCCCUGAUUGGCUGAGGGGAUUGCAGGUCCCGAGACUGAGCGCUCGGCUCGGAGCUGCGCGGCCGCCAGUGUGCACCAGCGAAGCGAGCGGAGCGCUUGUUCCGAGUCAACCAAACACAGCCUACUGGCAAAGAGUGGUGUUUUUUUUAAUUUAUUUAUUUUGUAUUUGUUUGUUUGCGGGUUUUUUUCUUUCUGCCUCCAACCAGGCUGGAUACGGGGCUACUGUGCGUCCUGCUUUGUUGCUGACCAACAUGAAAUGCGUGUUGCAUAUACAGUAGGCUCUUUUCAUCGUUGAUGCACAACUGGCUUUUUGGCUCAAACGUUUUUCUUUUUCUUUUUUUUUGUGUAUGUGGCAUGGACUAAUUAUCGGGAUACGUGCAACCUUUUCAAAGGAAAUUAAGUAAAAGCUGGAAGACUUGCGGCGGGGAUGAAAGACAAAAUCUUCUGGAAAUAAAAAAAAAGGUAAUCGGGACUUCAGUGAUGUGAUGAAUCGCACCCGUUCUUUAGAAACAGAUAUCCGGACUGGAGUUGUUGAAUCGUUUUGUGACUGCUGAUCCUUUGAGCUCGCUUUUUUUUUCACGUCCGAUGUGUAGUUGGAGAGCAGGAAUCCGAAAAGGACAUUUUAUCACUGCUUGAAUUAGCUCACGCAUUCAAAGCAAUAUGUUUAUCCAAAAUGCGACUUAAGUAUUUCCUGGCAUCAGGGCGGAUCAUUUAACACGGACUUUUGACCCCGACUCGUUCAUCCUCACGGAAGAUUGAACAUUUUUGUGGACUUGCUCACAAGAAUUUCCCAUAUAUGCACUCCGAUUAUUUCCCCUUCUUUCAGCCCACUUGAAAAUGGACAGUUUGUCAUAUGAGUCAUGUGUAGGACCGGUUUGCCGCUUGAGGAGAGCUGCGCGGAUUUACACGGUUAGAUCACUGUUGUGAGAAGAGAUUCAGCAUGUUUUCACAGAUCUGUCGUCCCCAAUGUUUCGCCCGCUGCAGUAGACCGGAGGAUGUGCUCUGCCCGAGAAGAGUCAAAUAGGCUUUUUACAAUUAUAGCUUUUAACGCCAUGAUAUCGUUUGCCUAGGAGAGACCUUUUCCUCCCCUUUUACACUUUUCUGGACAUUUGAAUGAGAUGAUUCAUUUGGAACGAUUUUCCGAUUUUCUCUGACGUGCAAUUCUAGUGCGUAAUUGGCGAGGUCUUCGUCAGGCUGAGGGGGAGAAAAAAACAACAACAAAAAAACUCAACAGGUACAAUGCAAACCAAGGAGAUGGAAUUAAUUCAAUUCGUUGCUGUGUUCGUCUUAAAUUGGGUGGCGGCUGAGGCUGUCAUCAACCUAAAGUAUGGAAUAAACGAGGAGAUGAAGCCCGGGUCAGUAAUUGGAAACGUGACAAAGGACGCGCUAAAGCAAGGAUUUCAGAUUGCGCUGCAGCCCCCGUACUUGAGGGUUAUUUCCAAUUCAGAACCACGGUGGGUGGAACUCAGUCCCGCCGGAAUCCUUACAACCCAAAUGAAAAUAGAUCGGGAUGUGGUUUGUCGACAGAACCCUAAGUGCAUUAUUUCCCUAGAAGUAAUGUCAAACAUGGAGAUCUGUGUCAUCAAGGUGGAAAUUGAGGAUUUGAACGAUAACGCACCCAGGUUCCCAACGAGCCACAUCGACAUUGAAAUCUCCGAGAAUGCCUCCCCUGGUACCAGGUUUCCCCUAGAGGGGGCAAGCGAUCCGGACUCUGGGACCUUUGGAGUGCAAUCAUAUUCCAUCACUCCGAAUGAGCUUUUCGGACUAGACAUAAAGACCAGAGGGGAUGGGUCUAAAAUUGCUGAGCUUGUUGUGCAAAAAUCAUUGGACAGGGAGACCCAGUCCCACUAUACGUAUGAAAUUAGCGCAGAAGAUGGAGGCGACCCUCCUAAAAUAGGCGCGGUCCAGUUAAAUAUCAAAGUAAUUGAUUCUAAUGACAACAACCCAGUCUUUGACGUGCCAGUGUAUACUGUUAAUGUCAUGGAAAAUUCCCCCAUUAAUACGUUAGUCAUUGACUUGAAUGCAACAGAUCCCGACGAGGGCACUAAUGGCGAGGUAGUGUACUCGUUCAACAGUUACGUCAGCGAGAAUACCAGGGAUGCGUUCAAAAUUGACCCGGGAACCGGGAUCAUCACCGUGAACGGUGUCUUGGAUUACGAAGCAGCGAACAUAUACGAGAUCGACGUCCAGGCCAAAGAUUUAGGUCCCAACUCUAUCCCAGCUCACUGCAAAGUCACAGUGAAUGUGAUGGACACAAACGAUAAUCCACCUGUCAUAAAUCUGCUCUCACUGAACACAGAGAUGGUGGAAGUUAGUGAAAACGCGCAGCGUGGUUAUGUCAUCGCGCUGGUGAGGGUUUCCGAUAAGGAUUCCGGGGCCAACGGCAAAGUGCAGUGCAGGCUGCAGGGCAACGUUCCGUUCAGACUUCAAGAAUAUGAGAGUUUCUCCACCAUACUUGUUGAUGGCAGGCUGGACCGAGAGCAGAAGGACACAUACAACCUGACCAUCCAAGCGGAAGAUAGCGGUAUGCCUCCUCUACGCGCGACAAAGUCUUUGGUAGUCAAAGUCACAGACGAAAACGACAACCCUCCCCACUUCCUCAAACCACACUAUCAGGAGAUGGUGAUGGAAAACAACCUGCCCGGAUCAUGUCUGCUAGCGGUGUCGGCAGAGGACCCGGACCUGGGGAUGAAUGGCACAGUCUCCUACUCCAUUGUCCCCGGAGAGAUUAAGCACAUGGAUGUAAACACGUAUGUCAGCAUUAACCCAUCAGGCAAAAUUUACUCCAUGAGAUCAUUCGACCACGAAUACACUAGAACUUUUGAUUUCAAAGUAUUGGCCAGAGACAACGGUAACCCGUCUCUAUCCAGUAACGCCACGGUGCGUAUCGUCGUCCUGGAUGUCAACGACAACACACCUGUCAUGACGAACCCUCCGCUCGUUAAUGGCACAGCGGAGGUUUCCAUCCCCAGAAACGCUGGGGUGGGCUACAUGGUGACCCAAGUGAAAGCAGACGACUAUGACGAGGGAGAAAACGGCCGGCUGACCUACACCAUCUCCGAGGGCGACAGGGCUUUUUUCGAGAUCGACCAAGUAAACGGAGAGGUGCGUUCCACCAGGAUGUUUGGGGAAAACGCCAAGUCCACUUACGAGAUCACCGUGGUGGCGAGGGAUCACGGCAAGCCCUCCCUUUCUGCCUCGGCCUACAUCGUAGUGUACCUCUCACCAGACCUGAACGCACAGGAGCCUAUCGGACCUGUCAACCUGUCCCUCAUCUUCAUCAUCGCUCUGGGCUCCAUCGCAGCCAUCCUAUUUGUCACUAUGAUUUUUGUGGCGGUCAAGUGCAAGAGGGAUAACAAGGAGAUCCGGACGUACAACUGCAGUUUCUUCUACUUGCGCAGGGUGGCGGAGUACUCAUACGGAAACCAGAAGAAGUCCAGCAAGAAGAAGAAGCUGAACAAGAACGACAUCCGCCUGGUGCCACGUGACGUCGAGGAGACAGACAAGAUGAAUGUGGUGAGUUGCUCGUCUCUCACCUCCUCGCUCAACUACUUCGACUACCACCAGCAGAGCUUGCCGCUGGGCUGCAGGCGCUCCGAGAGCACCUUCCUCAACGUGGAGAACCAGAACUCACGCAAUGCAGCUCCGAACCACGGCUAUCAGCACCCGUUCACUGGGCAGGCCCACCAGCAGCCAGACCUCAUCAUCAACGGCAUGCCACUGCCAGAGACGGAGAAUUACUCCAUUGACUCCAGUUACGUGAACAGCAGAGCCCACCUCAUUAAAAGGCCCCCAUGUAGCACAUCGACAUUCAAGGACCUGGAGGGGAACAGUCUGAAGGACAGCGGCCACGAGGAGAGCGACCAGACCGACAGUGAACAUGACGUCCAGAGAGGACACUAUGUUGACACGGCUGUCAACGACGUGCUGAACAUGACUAUCCCCCCCAAUGUUUGCCAGCUGCCAGACCAAGAUCCCAGCGAAGGCUUUCACUGCCAGGACGAGUGUCGCAUCCUCGGCCACUCUGACCGCUGCUGGAUGCCUCGCCACUCCAUCCCCUCGCGCGUCAAGUCACCCGAGCACGGCCGCAAUGUCAUCGCCUUGUCCAUCGAGGCCACCACGGUGGACGUGCCCCACUACGAGGACGGCACCAUCAAGAGGACUUUUGCCACCUUCGGUAAGGACGGGCCCGAGGACGUGGAGCGGGGAGAGUUAAAGGGGAAGCGGACUCAGGAGUCUCAGGUGUGCAGCCCGAAGGCCAACGGAGGGGCCGUCCGCGAAGCCGGCAACGGGCGCGAGGCAGCCAGCCCCAUCACUUCCCCCGUGCACCUGAAGAGCCCACCGGCCAAGCCGUCGUCCGCCUACAACACGCUGAAAUGCCGCGACGCAGAGCGGAUCGCCAACCACAGCCUGCUGCGGCAGCCCGAGGGGAAGGACAGUGAGCCAGCUGUCAGGGAGAUCAACACGCUUCUCCACGACGGCCGAGACAAGGAGUCCCCAAGCAGCAAGCGCCUGAAGGACAUUGUGCUCUAGCGAGCUUCUCUGUGACACAAAACAACAUUCGUACACACAGACACACACACACACACACACACACGCGCGCGCGCCGUGUAUAACUCACAUGUAUGUACCCACCCGCAACAGCUGUGUGUACACGGGAGGCUGUGGAAGGAGGGAGACGCACCCGUUUGCAGUUGUACAGAAUUGAAGAACCAGCUCGUGCUGAGGACGAUGGACUGUAAUCUGCUGCGGCUAGUUGUGUGCUCAAGCCGAGGUAGUGGAUGUGGCUUCGUUGUAGUCGCAGUACUUUUUCCUUGUUUGUUUUUUUUUGUUCAGUUUCUCUCUAUCAGUCUGCAAUGGAUGGACGGGCAGGGUACUAUUGGCUGCAUGGACAUGGACAUACCCAGUGGACCUCUGCAGUGCUUGCGCAAAAGCAGGACAAUGCACGUUUGGACACCUGAGAGGCCAAUUCACGUACAAGUACAGUUAUGCCUUUUGAACUACUUUUGUAUCACAAACUGAUAUUUGCCUUGUUUGGUUUUGCGGUUUGUUCUAGCUGCCAAAAUCGCUCUUUGUUCCUUUGUAUAGUGAGCUCCAUCAAUGUAAUAAACGACAUACACAGGAUUCAUUUAAAAUGAUUCCCAAUUUACUCCCUCAACAGUUUGCAGUGCGUUCAUGGGGAAGGUCUCAUUUGACUCUUUCCCAGAACUAAUAAGAUAAACUUUAUCUGCGUAUCCCUGAGGACAUCCUAGUGUCAUCAGACUGUGAGGUCUUUACAGUAUUUAUAUUUUAUCAAGGACGGAGCAAAAUGAGCUCUCCCUAUCUGCACAGCCACUCUGAACACUGGAAGUGGGACGGACGGAUCCUUGCGUUUAAAUUGAGUUGUAUGAAAGGAAAAAAAAAAGACUUUUGAAAUCUCCCUGUGCCCAACCUUGAUUGUAGCCAGUGGAGCACAAAUUAGAACAUUGUGCUCUGGUCUUGUACUUUUUUUGACUUUUGACUAUGGGGCUAGGAUAGAAGGGAUCGUCACUCAUGUCUUGCUAUGUGAAACUCUAUAUGGGGUUUACUAUUAUCAUUUUUAAUAACCUGUUGUUAUGUGACAAUCCCUUUAAUGUUUGGUUUCAAGAGAAAAAAACAAAUAAACAUUGGUGUUUAACUGAAGCUACAGUAGCGUUUGUUACACAAACACAAAAAAACAAAAAAACAUAUAUGCCAAAAUAUAUUUUAUAAAUAAUUUAAAAAUGUAUAAUGAGAAUAUUUAAUGCUGUGUAGUUAUUUUAUGAGUAAGUUAUACUUGAAAUUACUUGCUUUUGUUCAUUUGUCUUUUGCUUUUAUAAUGAAUCUGAUUUCUUUUCUUUUUUUCAAAAUGAACUUGGAUUCUUUUUUGUUUACUGUGUGACCCCUGGCAACUGUUGCAGUCUACCUUGUUGUAAAGAGUUUCUUAUUGGUCAGUUCUUGUGCCAUCAAGUUUCUGUGUGGGCUAUUAGAAAAUGUAAAAAAGACAAAAAAAAAAACCAACAACAAAAAAAAGCGAUAUCAGCACCAACAUUAGCGUGUCCGUUCAAAGAGCUUAGAGUGAGAUAGCAAAAUAUACCAAAAAAGAUGCAAACUAACCUUAAAAAUUCCAGGAUGUUGCUUAGUCUUAGAAUCUAAGGAGGAGAAAGAACAUCUCCCAGUGGUCUUCAUGCUGGUCACAGGGUUUCACCAAAUUGUAUUUGUCCAAUUAACAGUGUGUUUCCUAUUGGGCCAAGUUAAAACAAGACUUUUUCAACCUCAAUGGAGGGCAAUAUUACGCGUAGACUAGCUUUGCUCAGCAAUGCUGUCACCAUGCGCCAUCUGUGUACAGCAGAUCUCAUGGAUAAGGUUCGGACCGGUGGUAUAAACAGGGCCUUCUCCUCCUACGUGCACCACACAGCAGACUGGAUGGAAUCAUGUUUGAACAAACCGUGUGUGAAGAACCGUGUUGAACAUCAGCAAUGUGGUUUUAUGUUGCUUUGCAGUAAACUAUGUACAAUGUUGGAAAAUACGAAUGAAAAUUGACAAAUUGCAUACAACAAACUAGAUCUUGUAGCUGAAUGUUUUGCUGGUCUCACCCAUGGCUUCUGGUAACAUGAAAAUCUGAAUAAUCACUGAAUGUAUACAGCAGCUUAUAAUUAAACUAUUAAAUGUC